AUGUUAGCACAUGAUAUUUUUAAAAAGGAUAAAGAUAGGAAGUUGACUAAUUCGAAAUCAUCCUCAUAUUUUGGUUUACUAAUAUUGGCAAAAAUUUUUAAAUGUAUUGGAAUAUUUUUUAUUGAUAUUCUUGAACGAUCAAUUCAUUGUAUUAGUUUAUUAUGGCUUAUAAAAAUUAUGGCAUCUGUAAUAUUAAUACCAAUACAAAAACCAUUAUCUUCUGGUAAAUCAUUAUCAAAGUUAAGAGGUUCAAUUCAUGCAAGAAUUGGACAACUUUCUUUGAUAAAUUGUUUAGUAGAAGUUUUUUGGUUUUAUGGAAUAACAUUUUGUGGACCACUUAGAUCAAUUUUAGUAUUUGAACAUUCAUCAACUGUUAUUCUUGUAGCCUUAACAUCAUUUAUUAAAGGUACUGAAACAACUUCAAAAACAAGAGGAGUUUUUUGUUUAAUUAUUGGAUUUGUUGCUUUGUUUUUUAUGGAUCCAGAUACAACAAUUGAGACUAAUCAUAUUGAAUCCCAUGGACAUCAUAGUGGAUUAAAUUAUUUUUUCUAUAAAUUUUUAUCUAUGUUUGGUUUUGCAGAUCACAAAGGGGGGAUUUUUUUGUUAAUGAUAGCAUCAUUAUUUAAAAUUUAUCAUGAUUCAUCAUUUAGAUUAUUAGCAGUUGAAAUUGGAGGUCCAAAAAGAUUAUAUGCAAUUAAUACUCUUAUGACAGGACUAUUUUUAUCACCAUUAGCAAUUUUAGCAUUUAUAUCUUCAUCAACUAUUGUUGAUGGAUACUUUUCAUUUUUUGCUCUUCUUAUAUUAGCAACACUUUUUACAUUUAUAUUAGAUUUUUAUAUUGAAAGUUUAUGUUUUCAACAUGUUGCAGAUCCUGUAAUCGCAUCUGCUCGAUGGUCACCAAUAACAAUGUUCUCAUGUUCAUUAAUAUUAGCUUAUGUAUGGUAUCAACCUUUUGAAAGUUUUAUAGGAAUGCAUAUGAUAUCUGGUGGGGUUGUGCUAACAGUAUUUUUAUUUUGUUGUGCAUCUUAUUUAUUAACUAAUCAACAUACUCAAAAAUCUCAUGGUGGUUAUUUUAUUGGUUUAUCUCCUUCUGGGGUGCCGUUGUUUACGACGGGUGAGGCAUUUCUUCAAAAAACAUCACGAUCAGCCUGGUUAUUUAUACAAGAUACAUUAAAAGAUAUUCUUUCAAAUGCAGACUCUAGAAGAAUUUUUUAUUUCUUAUGUAUUAAUUUGGCAUUUUGUGGAGUAGAAUUUAUAUAUGGUUAUUUAACUAAUUCAUUAGGACUAAUUUCGGAUGCUUUUCACAUGUUAUUUGAUUGUUCUGCAUUAAUUAUGGGUUUGGUAGCAUCUGUUUUAUCGAGAUGGCCAGCUUCUAAAGGUUAUCCAUAUGGAUAUGGAAGAAUUGAAAUUCUUUCUGGUUUUAUUAACGCAAUGUUUUUAGUAGUUAUUGCUAUUUCUAUAUUUUUUGAAGCAAUAGGAAGGAUUAUGGAUCCACCUGAAAUAAAAACUGAUAAACUUCUUUUUGUUGCAGUUGCUGGAUUAUUUGUUAAUUUAUUUGGAAUGUAUGCUUUUCAUGGUGAUCAUGGUCAUUCUCAUGGUGGUGGUGGUUCACACGGUCAUUCACAUGGUGGUAAUGCCAAUAUGAAAGGUGUAUUUUUACAUGUAUUAGCAGAUACUUUAGGUUCAGUUUUUGUUAUUAUUUCAACGAUUUUAAUACAAAUGUUUGGAUGGACUUUUGUUGAUCCAUUAUGUUCAUUGGUAUUAUCAAUACUUAUACUUGGAUCAGUUUAUCCAUUAUUAAAAGAUGCUACUGUUACAUUAAUGCAAGGAGUAAGUGAUGAAGAAGUUUUUGAAUAUGAAGCAUGUCUUGAAAAAAUUCUUUCUAUUGAAGGAGUUUUGUCAUUUUCACGUGUAAACUUUUGGCAAUUGAAAAGUGGAAAUAAUGUUAUAAGUAUUCAUGUUCAAGUUAAAGAUGAAGUUAAUGAACAAGCUGUACGAUUUGCAAUUGAGAAAAUUUUUAAUGAUGAAGGAAUUAAAGAAUGUUCAAUUCAAAUUGAAAAAAGUUCAUUUGUUAAAAGGAUUCAAACAACAUGUCCUAAUUACGAAUUAGUUCCACCUACUAAAAAGGGACAAUUUUUAAGAACUGUAGAUUCUGUUGAAGAUCACUGCCAUAGUCAUGAUUCUGAACAUGGACAUUCUCAUGAUUCAGGACAUGGUCAUUCUCAUAAUUCUGGAAAUAAACAUUCUAAUGAUUCAGGACAUGGUCAUUCUCAUAAUUCUGGAAAUAAACAUUCUCAUGAUUCAGGACAUGGACAUUCACAUGAUUCUGGAAAUGAUCACUCUCAUAAUUCUGGAAAAAAACAUUCUCAUGAUUCAGGACAUGGGCAUUCUCAUGAUUCUGGACAUGGGCAUUCUCAUAAUUUUGAGAAUGGAAAUUUCCAUGAUUCCAAACAUGGUCAUGGCUAUUAA